AUGAUAAUAGCUUAUUUUUGUUUUUUUUUUAUUUUGUCAGAGAAAAAAGCGUGGUUCGCACGGGUGGGUUGCUUCGAGGAUAAGGGUCCCGCAGCCUGGAAAAACAAGUCACUUCGUGCACUAAAAAAUCUAUACAGAAAUGAACGAGGGAACCUCGACUGGAACAUCGCUUGGGAGGAUUUCUCCAGCGUAGUCAUGGAUUGCUCAACGGCUGCCCAGAUCGAGGGAUGCCCCUGCUUUGGUGUCCAAUUCUUCGCCGAGUGUUGGUGUGAUAAGAGCUGUAAAACUUACAAUGUCUAUGGGCGUUCGAAAAGGUGUUUCAGAGGAGUUGUUGGCCUCCACUGGACCAAUUUCGUAUACAGAGGAAGAUGCGGUUCAGGUGAAUCUCCACGUACUAUAAUGAAAUAAAUAGAAGGGCGUAUGAGAAGAGAUGAACUCAGAAAAGUUUCAGAUGCGAAUAGGCCAAGUUCGAUAUUUUAAAAUUCUAACACGGCUCCAAGGUCUUUAGGGACAAAUUGCAAAUUUUCCACGAUUCCUUAUCACGCUAUUCCCAGAAGAGACGUUUGGCACAAAGAAAACCAAAACAAAUUCACAAAAAUGACCAGAAAGCCUCGGAGUCAAGUUAGAAUUUUCUAUAUCGAACCGUGGGCUAUUAAACUUACGACAUUCUAGACACUAGCCAAAUGCUCUAACCACUGAGCUACUCAAGAACUCUAUCGAUGAGCAGGCCAUUUGUGCGGGCUGACAUAACUACUACGCAGCUCACAUUUGAAACCGCCGUAUAGGUAAACUGCGAGUAGUCUCUCAUUUUCGUGGAGGAUGGUAAAGUGAACGAAUUACGUGAGCGCGCAUGAAAGGCGAUUUUACCGCGCGCGUAAUUCGCUCACUUAACUGGCUACAGUAUGGCACGAAAUUUUUGUGGGUUCUAAUUUUUGGGAUUUUUGCUAUUUUUCCAUGCAGCGAUCCGUAAAAAUAGGUUCCCGCCUAAAAAGAUACCGCAAACAUUCUUUCCGCAAAAAUUUGCUUCAGAGUAAAUAACUCAAACCAGGAGCCGAUUACUGCUCAGACUCUUUCUUCUUCUUUUCUCCCAUUUUCAACAGACAUUUAUUUAUUCCCUUUCCUUCAGAAAUUGUCAUUUUUCCCCAUUUUCCAUCCUCCACGAAUUAUCCCUGUGUGCCGAGACUUUUCAUGCGCGGUUCGGCCGGUUCUUCGGCCUUCGACCGAAGAUGUGUCGGCCGCUGGCCAACACCGACGUCUCUCGCCGCACGCGAGAAAAAACCUCUGGACCCCAUGGUACGAAUUCAGGUGCCUUGUCACUGACUUAUAAGUCACUCAUAAAUCACCACCUUUGAGUUCUUCGAAACGCGUUGCGUUCUUUUCGUAACAUCAUCGGCCUUGCUUAUUAGAUCUGAAUUUAAAAGAGUAGUUUAUGGUAAAGAACCAACAUGAAUGUAACGUUACGUUUUGUUUUUGCAGUUCAUGGCUGCUGUAAAGAUGGCGCUAUGCCAGCUUUGGGGCCAAAUUAUAAGGGUUGCCCAGGUGAGUCAGCUUUAUUUUUUUCAAAGACAUCCCGAGAUUAUGUAGAGAACAAUUCUAACAGGAACCACUUGGACAAACAGCGGCUAAGAGAAGCAGUACAUAAUAAAAUUAAGGGGCUGCGUCACGGCUGUGUAUUUUAGUUUUUUAACACCGUAAAUGCUGUAUUAAGCCCCCUCCCCCUCUCAAAUAAGGCCCCUCCCUCUAAUAAGCCCCGCCCCUUUUUUCAGGGAGAGAAAGUUAAUAAGCCCCCCCUCCCCUCCCCGAAGUAUUCUUCACUAAUAAAUGAUAGACUCUAUUAAUCAAUCACGACUCUAAAACUUCGUGUGGACUUAUCCGUGAGGGUUUAUUUACCAACUGGAAGCUCGGAUUUGAUUCUGAUUCUCUGCUGUACUGGACCUCCAACCUUCUUGCACUUGAGCUCUUCCAUUUGUAUUCUAGUUCUUUACAGAGAACUGAUACCAUCGUCUUUUCUUUAUUGAAUAAGCUUCCUCCUCUCCCUUAAAUGGGCUUGAAGUAGAUAAGCCCCCGGGGGGGAGGGUAUAGAGAUUUUUCUAACUCCAUUUAGUGUAACAAGGUUUCACAAAUUCACAAUUGCAAUCCGUCUUACAUGUAAUCUUCUUGAACUUUAUUCAUCCCUGCCUCCUUGCGUAUUAUACCUUCUUUUACCCCCUUAAGUCCCAAUAGUGACCAACAUCAGUUUUCUCCCAAUGAUAUCCGUACAUUGUCAAGAGACUAGGUUAUGAGAAUAAAUAAAAUGAUCACCUAAGACAAAAUGCUUUGAUCUUUUAUCAAAUUCUCUCAACUCAUUCUUUAAGGAAAUAUAUAGAGAUCAGUUUGGAGAAUUUGUAUGUGGAUAUUGGGGCUUAAAGGGUUAAUCAAUGUUUUAAGUUGUUGUUUUUAUUUGAUGGCAGUUCCAACAAUAAAUUCCUACAAUAGACCUUUUUACCGAUAGGCGGCCAUAUUGAAUUAAUUCGAUUUAAGGAGUAUUAUAGGAUGCCCAGGGGGCAUAAGAACAUUUCGUUUGUAUUUUCGAACGCUUUUCGAGACAUUUUUUCUUAAAGUUUUCGUAGAAUAAGAUUUUAAUGGGAAAAAAAGAUCUUUGUGCCGUGUUUGGAUGUAAUAAUGAUCGCCUUUUUCUAGUUAAGGAUUAGAAAUAUCGUCUUCACUAUGUAUUUCUCGGGAAAAAGGCGAUCAUUAUUACAUCUAAACACGGCACAAGGAUCUUGUUUCCCAUUACAGUCUUAUUCUUAGAAAACAUUAAGAAAAUAUUGUCCCGAAAAGCGCUCGAAAGUACAAACGAAAUCGAAUGAAUUCAAUAUGGCCGCCGUAUCGGUAAAAAGGUAUAUUGGAAUGACACAGUUCUUUUGCUAUGAAGGGUAAUCUAUAGCCCAAUAAUUCGGUCAGGCAAAACUGAACCUUCAUCAGGUUCUGGAAAGGCUAAGAAAAAAUGGAAUAAUUGGUAACGAUACUUAAAAAAGACAAAAAAUAAAGAAAACUGUGAUUGGAAUAGACGAUAAUAGACAUAAUAUACAGCGGUCACGUAAAAAUACAAAAAGAUUAAGUUUUAUCUUGUCUGUUCAUCCUAUGUGGUUCAAGGGAGUUAGGAAGACCUUCAGAUAACAGUGGCCUCAAGCAAGCUGUGCAAGGCGUCCAGCGGUUUUAGUGAAAACAAGGGUUUGGGCGGGGGGUGCUCAGUCUCGCGGGCUCGUAAAACUUGGUCUAGGUCGUAGGCAUUUCAGUCCGAGCUGCCCCAAGCCUCUGUUUCAAAGCGAGGCUAAGUGCGAAAAUGAAAUGAAACCCAUUUUCACAUGAAAGGUUUUGCACUCAGCCUCGUUUUGAAAUUGAGAGUUUUCGGAACUCGGAAAUGGAGUAUCUGAAAAAUGCUACUUUGGCUUUUAAAACGUUGCCUAGUCGAUGGGACCUGUACGGCGUCUUCCCAGACCUUCUCGGUCAAUUUGGUAAAGUAUGUGAGAGUCGCAACAAGAUAUUCGCCGGUGUUUGGUCACACAGCCAGUUCCUAACCCCUCCCGACAGGGGCUUACUUGAGUGCCACCGGCCUGGUUUCGCGAGAAGUUGCGAGACACGUAUUUCUAGUUUUAAAUAUAACUUAAAAUUGUCUUUUCCUAAGCGUUGCAAAGACGAUAACUAGUACAAUUUUAUUUAAAAUAACUUAAACUACGAGCAGUCUGUCUGUUUUCUUAGCCCGUCGAGCGAAACGCGCGAGACACGAAAAUGACAACGCGCGUGACUAAAGGUGCGAGACGGGAGAGGCGCGAUUCAAACGUCUCGCGCCUUUGCCGCUCGGUGCUGCACUCCCCUCACCAAAUCUGACGAAAAAGAGAGGCUGCGAGCAGUCUAUAAACAAUUAGUCAAUAGUUACGACCGCAGAUAACUUGUUGUCUCCGUUUCUUUUGAUUAUUUUUAGAUUGCACGACCGCAGUCGAUUUGAUUUUCGUCGUCGACGCCUCGGGAAGUAUCGGCAUAAAGAACUUCAGAAUCAUUAAAAAAAUCUUACUGAAGAUUAUCCGACAUUUCUCCGUCAGUUCCUACCAUACAAGAAUCGGCAUCGUCAAAUACUCCACUUUCGCGCGCGCUGUUUUACGACUGCGCAAGUCACAGAGAAAUGGCUACCGUGGAGUUGUAAAGGCGAUUCUAAAAAUGAGGUACACCAAAGGAGGAACGCAUACGGGUAAAGCAAUAGCAUUGGCUGAAACGUUGCUUACAAGAUCAAAGAGGAGGCUUCGUGGAAGAUUUGUUAAACAUGAACAGGUAUCGUAAAGACUUUUGUUCUUGGGCUUUUGUGGUCUCCUUCGCAGUCGCUGGGAGUCACGCAAUGCUCCCCGCCCGAGUAUUGCGUGACUCUGGCCCGCGGGCUGCGAAGGAGAUCGACUAGGGCCAUCGUAACUUAAUCAAAAAUAAAACAUAAACAGCGGUAACGUUUCUGAUGCUUGUCAUCCAUAUAUCGUGGUGACUGUAGUCUCGUCAUAGUCUGUGACGGUCACUUUAGAUCACUUUCGAAAAUGUAUGUUGACUAGCAUACAAAACGUCAACCCCAUAUGAGUUUCUGAGCAGACUAAGUAGGUAGCAAAUAAACAAGAAACUAUCUCCACCUCCCGUCAUAUUUCAGGCAGUUGUUGUCUUGACUGAUGGUCUGACCAGCCAAAAGGACGUCAAAAGAUUGAGAGCCGCCUCAGCCAGACUCAAGAAAAUUGCUCACGUUAUAGCAGUGGGUGUAACGGGCAAGGGGUACGACCGUAAGAAUCAGAAAAAACAGCAACAAGAGCUGGGAGAGAUAGCCAGCAGUCCAGAGGACUUGUUUUUCCAGUUAAACUUUGCGCAAGUCUUGAAGCACGUGGAUCCGAUCGCAAAACGAGCCUGUCCUUUGGUUUACAAAAUAAAGGGGAAAAAAUAA